AUUUUGAAUAAUAUUUAGUUAUAUGUUUGUUAUUAAUUGACGUAUUAAAAUUAAGUAAAUAUUUCUUACAAAUUGAGAAUACUGCAGCAGAUAUUGAACCCGUAGCGCCAGCUACCAACAAACAUGUGUACUAAAAAUGACCGUUACACUUCACAUGCACCUUCUCUUUCUAUUUAGCCAUUGCCGUUGGGUUUCAGUGAGUCAGAACACAAACAUAUCCGUUCCGGCAGUUGAAAUUCAAGAUUCAAAGUACUUUCCGUUGUAAAACCGGCAAGAUAUUCGCGCCAAUCAAUAGUAUUAGUGCGUUUCAUUUGUUUGGAGUAAAUGAAAACCACGUUAGUGAAAUAAUUAAAAAUGUGUGACAAAUACAACACACCGAAAGUCAAAGGGACAGUGUUAUUCAAAACACCCCGAACCGAUUAUACUCCCAUGGAAGGUUCCGAAAGUGAUGAUAGUAUGCAAAGUGUUAAGAGCAGCAACACUGAAACUUCGGAAAAUGGAGAGCUUAGCGUGGUAUGUGAAUUUGAUGAUCUUAUUCGUCUUUGCAAAAUGCAAAGGCAAGCUGAUGUGGAAGAUGCCAUGAUGGACAUGGUGCAACACAUGAAAGAACUUCGUAAUAAUCUUGUUAUGACCCAUGAUGAGUGUCAUAGAUUACAAAUGUUAGUAGAUGAGAGGACUCACACAUUGAGUGAUGUUGAGAGCAAGUUAAAUCUUGCUCGUAAGAUGGUGGAUGCAGAAAAGAGAAGAAGCAAGAGGUUGCAGGACGAAAAUGAUGAUUUAAGAGGACAGAUUCACAAAGUUAAAGAAUUUCUGUUCAGAGACAAUAAAGGAGUAUUAAAUCGUGAAGCAAAUGAGAAACUCGCAUUUUUGAAUGUUGAUGAUCACAUGUUUGAUCCAAAUUUAUCAUAUGGUCAUCAGUUGGGUGCAAUUCCAGAAGUUAACACUACAGGAUCUCUUUUAUCAGACUUCAGUUAUUCCAGGUCUGAGGAUGACUUGGAUGCAUCAGUUUGUGCUGGUAGAAACUGGAAGAAACCAAGGCAUAGUAGUGGACCUGAGCCACCCAUUAAAAAACGUCGUUCAUCAACUCAUCAAAGAUGUGUAGAGAUUAACAAUACUGAUAGUGUUAGAGCUACAACUACAUUAACUGUUCCCAAGCAUGGACCAAUAACUGCUACAUCAGUGAUUGAAGCUGUUCCACCACCAAAAGAGGGACAAGAUGCUGCCACAGCACCAAGAACAGAUAUAAUUUUUGAUAUGUGGCAAAAUAAUGGACAACGCCAAGAAGCACAAAAGACUCCAGCGCGUCAACAUUCUCUGCAAAGCAAAACCGUCGUCUUGCCUGAUACAUGCGUCUCAUGUGAGAAAAAGCUUCGCUUUGGUAAAACAGCUCUCAAGUGCAAAGAUUGCCGAGCCACUUGUCAUCCAGAAUGCCAGAAAGACUUGCCAUUGCCGUGCAUUCCAUUUGUUAAUACUCCCACAAGAAAUCUUCUUGGUUUGAUUAGUGAUUUCACUCCAACAAGUGCUCCCAUGGUGCCAGCAUUAAUUGUUCACUGUGUGAACGAAAUCGAACAGCGUGGUUUACGCGAACUUGGAAUCUAUAGAAUUCCAGGUUCGGAGCGUGACGUCAAACAACUCAAGGAGAAAUUCCUACGAGGAAAAGGUUCCCCGAAUUUGCGCGAUGUUGAUAUCCACGUCAUCUGCGGUACGGUGAAAGAUUUCUUGCGUUACUUGCAUGAGCCGCUGAUCACAUUCACCCUAUGGCCGCGAUUUGUGAAAUGCGUUGAAGGUGACCAGGAAAAUAUCACCGCUGGAUUGUACCGUUUAAUUAGCGAAUUACCGCAGCCAAAUCGCGAUACUCUCGCAUAUAUGAUGCUACAUUUGAGAACGGUUGCCGAAUCACCCGAGUGUAAAAUGCCAAUUUCUAAUUUGGCAAAAGUUUUCGGCCCGACCAUUGUCGGCUACUCAUCGUCCAAUCCGAGUGCGGAUAAUUUGCUCACGGAAACAAGACAGCAAAACAUGGCGAUGGAAGCAAUUAUGAGUUUGCCGACUGACUACUGGUCUUCAUUUGUCAAUUUGUGCGAGACACAACCGACUCCAAGGUUGCAACAGACUCCUAGUACAGAUUCGCUGCUGAGGCCUACCAGUAGGAACAUCUUUACUCCGCACGCGCUCAAAAGUGCUAAGAGGAAGCACCGAAUCUUCAAUACGCCUCCGUCUUACAGGCACAAUUGAAUCACUCCUAUUUAACAUAAAUAAUAACACAAUAUGUUCAACAAAAAUCGCUAAAACUGAUAUUAAUUGAGUAGUUACUGAUUAAUGAUUUACACAUUUUUUUCGGUAAUUAUACACUUUUACCACUUUAUAAAAAUGCUACUUUUUUUGUAAAUUUGGUUAUGCUGAGUAUCAGCAAUACAUUUUUUUGUACUUAAAACCACUAACAUAUUCUAAUUAUGCAUUUCUUAAUGUUAAACGUACAAUUAAUAUUUACUAGCAGUAAGAAUAUCUCUUUUGUGUGUAUAGAUGAGUUAUGAAUAUAUACAAGUUUGGUAGGCUGGAUAUAUAAUACAAAACAAUAUAAAAUCUGACAAUAAUUGUGAAUUACCGAAUUGAUCUAAAUAAAACUAACAAAUCAUAGAGA